AUGGGCUCGAUCUCCGGCUGGAAGCGCUUGAACGUCGCCAUCGUGGGCGGAGGCAUCGGCGGCUUGGCCGCGGCGAUCGCCCUCCGCCGCGCCGGCCACGAGGUCACCAUCUACGAGCGCCACGACUUCGCCGGCGAGGUCGGCGCCUCCAUCUCCUGCGCUGCCAACGGCACCCGCUGGCUGCACGAGUGGGGCGUCGACAUCCCCAAGGGUGACCCCGUUGUCCUGAAGAAGCUCAUCAACCGCGACUGGAAGACCGGCGAGCCCGUGAGUGUCUAUGACCUCGACGACUACGAGGAGCGCUGGGGCUACGUCUACAACAUGUUCCACCGCCAGUACAUGCACUCCAUGCUCAAGGACUGCGCCAUGCAGGAGGAGGGCAAGGGCACGCCGGUCAAGCUGCUCGUCAACCACCCUUGCCAGGAGAUCGACCUCGAGUCCGGGGUAAUCACCUUUGAGAACGGCGUGACGGCGCGGCACGACCUCGUCGUCGGCGCCGACGGCAUCGGCUCCGUCGUCCGCCGCAUCAUCGGCCUGAACCCGGAGAAGAAGGCCGCCCCCUCCAGCUGCCUGCACGCGAACGUCAUGACCGAAGACGCCGUCCGCCUCGGGCUAGUCGACUACUCGCAGAACUCCGCGCUCGAGUACUGGGGCGGCCAGGAGGGCAAGUGGGACAAGAUCGUCCUGUCCCCUUGCAACGGCGGCAAGCUCCUUUCCUACUACUGCUUCUUCCCCCGCGAGGUCGGCGACUACACGACGCACACCUGGGGCGGCGAGGACCGCCCCGUCGAGGAACUGCUGGCGCCUUACCCCGAGCUCGACAAGCAGGUCAAGGACCACCUGGCCAUCGGCAUCGAGGUCCGCCCCUGGCGCCUGUGGGUCCACCAGCCGUACCCCUACAUCGCCAAGAACAUGGUCUGCCUGCUCGGCGACGCAGGACACCCGAUGAUGCCGCACCAAAGCCAAGGCGCCUGCAUGGCUCUCGAAGACGCCGCCGCCCUCGGCAUCCUCUUCAGCCCGGAGUACUUCUCCGGCGACGUCGCCGAGACCCUGUCAGUCUACCAGGAGGUCCGGCUCCCGCGCGCGACAAAGGUCCAGGCCGCGUCCGCCAAAGCCGCAUACAACAUCAACGAGCGCAUCGGGUUCAGCUCCAACACCAAGAUCCCCGGGUACAAGGUCGAAGACGAGAAGAAGAAGCUGACCAUCGAGGAGAUGAACGGGUAUGACAUGUACAAGGAUGUCGAGGAGGUGCUUGCGGCUCGCCGGGGCGUGCCGUUUGAGCAGACGUUUAUCCGCGGCUUGCCGGUGGGGUUGAGGCUGUCGAAUGGGGUGACGGUUGGUGAGGAGGCUUAG